GCCGACGAUGUUGUCAUCUUAUCGCGGAUCUUGAUCCGGCGGGGUAAUUGCAUUCCCGGUCCGAAAUGCAGUACAAUAAAUAACCCCUCAGUUUCCCCUCACCGAUUGUGUCAUCACCCUUCGUGUUCACCAAAACACCUCUCUCCCUAUUUACUGUGUAGAUUUUCCCGACAAUCCACAAAUCAAAAUGCCCGACAAAGCCAACAUCCUCAUCUUCGGCGCCACCGGGGCCAUCGGCUCGUACAUCACACAGGCGCUGCUCGACGACCGGGCCCACUUCGGCCGCUUCGCCAUCUUCACCAGCCCGCAGUCGCUGCAGACCAAGACCGAGGUGCUGGACAAGCUGCGCCGCCAGGGGGUCGAUAUCCUGGUGGGCGAUCUGGGAAGUGCGGACGAUGUGCGCAAGGCUUAUGCUGGAUACGACACCGUCGUCUCAGCCCUCGGCCGCACCGCCAUCGCCGCCCAAAUCCCGCUCAUCCAACUGGCCGCCGAAUCCGAAACCGUCCGUCGCUUCCUCCCCUCCGAGUACGGGACAGACAUCGAGUAUGGCCCCGCCUCGAAGGACGAGAAGCCGCACCAGCAGAAACUGAAGGUGCGGGCGGUGCUGGCCCAGCUGCGCGACCAUCUCGAGUACGCCUACAUCGUCACGGGCCCGUACCCCGAUUAUCCGUUCUGGCUGGCCGCCGCGGGGUCGGAGAAGGCGGCCAAGGCGGGCUCGUGGGACGUGAAGGCCCGGAAGGCGGUGGUGGUCGGUGAUGGGGAGGGGAGGGUGAGUUUCAGUGCGCGGGUUGAUGUCGGCCGCUUCGUUGCCCACGCGCUCACCCACUGGGACCAGGCGCGGUACCGCGCCCUCAAGCUCAACUCCUUCACCACCACGCCGCACGAAAUUCUCCGCGAGUUCGAGUUCCAGACCGGCCAAAAGUGGGAGGUCGAGCAUACUUCGCUGGACGAGCUGCGACAACUCGAAACCCAGGCAUGGGAGCAGAGCGCCCCCCAUGCGACGACCUUUACCCUGCGGCGCAUCUGGGCCGAGGGCGGCACCCUGUACGAGCGCCGGGAUAAUGAGGACAUCGGGAUCGUGGCGACGCAGUCGUUGCAGGAAUUGGUGCGGGAUUCGAUCCAUCGUCAGUUAGAGCAGUAGGUCGGUGGACGGUGAGAUGGAUGGGAGGUCUGGGUCAGCUGUGAUAGCAAGUUGUAUAAUACUUCUGGCUGGUGCGGUUGCUGCCCUCGGGGUGAGUUGCAUACGCAGAUUGUAUAAUGCUUCUGACUGAAGUGAGUAUGGUAGUGCUGGACUGUAGCUCUGGAUGCAUCAUGUACCCGUGACAGCUUCUGUAUGCGCUUCUGGAUGGCACACAACCUGACGGGUGAUGAUGAAGGCGGUGCACGAGCAGAUGCACAUUGUAACUGUGAAAAAGCUACCGUUUGCAUGACGAGAGCUCCAAAUCAAAAGUCAACAUGAAAAGUAGUUCAUCG